CCCGCCGGGAGGCUCCCUGCCAAGAUGGCAUCGGCCGGAGACCCCCCCACUGGCCCACGGGACGCAGCAGACCAGAACUUCGACUACAUGUUUAAGCUGCUUCUCAUUGGCAACAGCAGCGUGGGCAAGACUUCUUUCCUGUUCCGCUACGCGGACGACUCCUUCACGCCUGCCUUCGUCAGCACCGUGGGCAUUGACUUCAAGGUCAAGACGGUCUAUCGCCAUGACAAGAGGAUCAAGCUGCAGAUCUGGGACACCGCGGGCCAGGAGCGCUACCGAACGAUCACCACAGCGUACUACCGCGGGGCCAUGGGCUUCCUGCUCAUGUACGACGUUGCCAACCAGGAGUCCUUCACCGCUGUGCAGGACUGGGCCACACAGAUCAAGACCUACUCCUGGGACAACGCUCAAGUCAUCCUUGUGGGGAACAAGUGCGACCUGGAAGAUGAGCGUGUUGUGCCUACUGAAGAGGGCCGGAGGCUCGCUGAUGACCUUGGUUUCGAGUUCUUCGAGGCCAGCGCCAAGGAGAACAUCAACGUGAAGCAGGUCUUCGAGCGCCUGGUGGAUGUCAUCUGUGAGAAGAUGAACGAGUCCCUAGAGCCCAGCUCCAGUCCGGGCAGCAAUGGGAAAGGCCCGGCCUUGGGGGACACCCCAGCCCCCGAGCCCAGCGGCUGCAGCUGCUGAACAAGGGUCCCCACCCCCGUCCGCCCCUCCCUGCCUCGGCAGGGACUGUGACUGAGGCAUGAGCCACAAGGGCUGUUUUCCUAGCUCAGGGCCCCCCCUUCCCCCCGUCAGCUGCCCCGACCCCCGCAUGGCUCCUUCUCGCCAUGGCCGCCAUCUUGCCGGAAGCAGCCUCAUCACAAGCCCCAGACCCUGGGGACUCUGCCCUGCAGGCGGGGUCUGGGGCUGUUGGCCUGCACGAGCUUGCUGCUUUUCAGGCAUUUUAGUGGAGGGAGCGAGGGCGGCGGGGCCCACCCCCGUCUGGCGGAGGGGCGUCCACAGUGCCUUCUGGGGGAGAACUGUCGUUCUUGUCCGUCCGCCUGGAGUCCACAAGCUGGCUCGUCUCCUCCCUCCUGCGUAUGAGUCCUCAGAGGUCGCCCUCGGAGAUGCGGAAGGCGACUCCUUUCUCAGGGUCCCCCUGGGGUGGCCCCAAGCCUGCCCUGGACCCCCCACACACACCUCAGGCUUCCAGGGCGGGGAGGUGGUUCUGGCCCUCGAGGACCCUUCCCUCCUGGCCUGCGGAUCGUCUGCCUGUGAACGCAGUAUUAAAACAGCUUUUCCCAUGCUACAGGGACAGGAAGUCAGAGCCCCCCGCCACCCCCCCCCCUGCGGCUUCAGGGACUCCAGAAGUGCCUUCUGAGCCUCCCCAGUAUUCCACAUCACCCACAGCCCUGCCACUGUCUUGGCCUAUUCACUAUAUCUCUGAUCUUGGGCUGAAUUCUAGAAUGAUGGGCCGCAUCAGGCUGGGCGGAGAGUGGCCCAACCCCGGGCGUUCCUGCUUGGGACGUUUGGCCACGAGUUCACCUCAGAGCCCGGAGCCCCGGCCCUCCUGCCCACACCUGCCUCCCCCAGACCCCGUUUGGCUGGUGAUGUUUCAAGCCAAGGGCUUUCCACAUCUUAACAUCCUGCCAGAAAGGGAAAUUGAGCAAGGCGCCCACAGCCUGCCCUUGCUGGCGGCCUGCUGGCGGAAGGACCUGGGCUCCUCCCCGUCGAGGACCCUUGAGGACCCAGAGUCCAUUUCCUGAGUCCUACCAGUGGUGGGGGCCAGUGAUGUGAUGCUUCCUAUUAAUGGACGAGUCCCUCUCCAGGAGGCCUUAGGCUCGGGCGGAAGAGGCAAGAAGGCAGGGUUGUGUCAUAGCGGUUACCACACGCGAUUCACAGAUACAGCUUGGGGAUGGGCUGGGAACCAGUCUCCCGGGUUGACUGGGGUCCCCAGCCAGCAGGGAGGCCCCCGCCGGGAGGCCGUGUGCAACUCCGUGUCAAACUCCGGUGGCAGGGUGCCUGUCUGUGCCCUGUCACGCCAACUAAGCCCCCGUAACUCAGUCCCUGUGAGAUGGUCCAUUUUCCACUCCCAGCCUCAGAUGCCAAAAUGACUUCCGAUAGCCUUAAAGAUCUCAGCCUCCUCCUGCUGGAAGAGAGGAAGAUCUGGUUCAAGUUUAACUCAGCUCUUCCCUUUACAGAAGCUCUGGAUUCCGUUUCUUUCUAGAGGGCCCCGUUCAUCCCCUACCAAGGGCUGCCCCUCAGAGCUUCAGAGUGAGGGCACCUUUGUAAGCCGGCCGCUCAGACAACAGUGGUGAAACGGACAACUUUUUGGAAACACGCACUGUGAGUUUGGGGAAGGUUUGGGGCAGGAGGCAAAAGUGUUCGUUGCUUUAGUGUAAAAGAGAAACGAAGGCAGCUAGGAAGAAGCCUGUUAGGAGGCCCGGGGGCUGUCAAGAUUCGGUUGGCCAGCCCAUUUUCUUAAGCUGCUGCCAGAAAACAUAAACCAAAACAAAACAAUGGUGGAUCAGAGCGCUGUUCUCCCAGGGUGAGCCAACUUGCGUGUGGGGCCUGCCGCGGGCCAAGCCUUGUGUUUACCCAAGAGUUCUGAACACUCCAGCUUCGAGUAGCACAGAGCCGGCGAGCAGCCUCUGGGUUUUCUCAAGACUAGGGUUAUGUAGGAGAGGGAUUUUUUUUUUUUGGCUUGUUGCUUCUAAAAAUAGUGCAAGUUGUUAUUUUAUAGUUUUGGGUGGGAGGCUGGACUCUCUGGGGGAACUGAAACCAAUGUCCUCGAAGCUCGCGGGCAGAGGGGUGUGGAGAUUCGUUGAGUUUACAAACAAAAAUGAAGCCAAAGGCGUGGGAAAAACCACUCCUCCAGGGAGACUGGGGUCCCGAGAGGUGGCCGGAGGCUGGGUCCUGCAUUCUUACCACUUGCUUUCAGCGGCUCAUCUUUCCACUGCCGUGACCGCAGUUUGGGAUUUGGGGGUCCGCUGUUUUUCUUUUCUUUCUUUCUUUGGCUUCCCCAGGGAUUCCGUUCUUGUGUCUUUUCCUCCGACCCCACUCAGAAAGGCAAGUAAUGGGUGACACUUGGUCUCCACGAACUGGUGUCUCCCCUCCAUCCCGAAACACUACGGCGUGAGCUCUCGACUUUGUCACUCAUAUUCUGUGUUCUCCUGUGUAAGCGACUCUUUGCGGUCCCCUCGGAAAGAUGAGCGCUUUUAGCCACAAGAGAAAAUAAAGCCGUGAUGCCCAGAUGCA